AAUCUACCAUCCACAUUCACUAAUUCAGCUGAAAACCUGCCUGAUUCUCAGGAGAGGCAGCAUGUCAGAGCUAAACUGCACAGUUCCAGUGGACAAGCACCCAAAACAGCAGGCAUCUACACCUAACAAUAAUGCCAUGCCACUACCACUCAUAACCCAGGCUGACUCCCGGGAUAAAUGGAGCAAGAAGAUGGAUUUUCUACUUUCCGUCAUUGGAUUUGCUGUCGACUUGGGAAAUGUGUGGCGCUUUCCUUAUAUCUGUUAUCAGAAUGGUGGCGGAGCAUUCCUGAUUCCAUAUACCAUCAUGGCAAUUUUUGGAGGGGUCCCUCUCUUCUACAUGGAGUUAGCUCUUGGUCAGUUUCACAGAAUGGGUGCUAUCCCUAUAUGGAAACGUAUCUGUCCAAUCUUUAAAGGUAUUGGUUUUGCCAUAUGCAUAAUCGCUUUGUAUGUGUCAUUCUAUUACAAUACCAUCAUAGCUUGGGCUUUGUUCUACUUCUAUUCCUCUUUCACUGAGACAUUGCCAUGGACAAACUGUGACAAUCCCUGGAACACUCCUAACUGCACCAACUACUUUGGCAGGUCUAACAUUACCUGGAACAAUUACUCAAAGUCCCCAGCUGAAGAGUUUUAUACGAGAAAGGUCCUUGGAAUUCAUGAAGCAGAAGGCUUGGACAAUGUAGGAGGCUUACGCUGGCAGCUGAUUCUCUGCCUGUUUAUCAUAUUUACCAUUGUAUACUUCAGUUUGUGGAAAGGAGUGAAAACCUCUGGGAAGGUGGUAUGGGUGACAGCAACCCUCCCUUAUGUGGUACUUCUCAUUUUAUUGAUUCGAGGAGCUACUCUUCCAGGUGCAUGGAGGGGGAUUUUAUUUUACUUAAGGCCCAAGUGGGAAAAACUUAUGGAUACUGCAGUCUGGGUGGAUGCAGCAGCCCAAAUAUUUUUCUCUCUGGGACCCGGAUUUGGAGUUCUCUUAGCACUAUCAAGCUAUAACCCAUUCCACAACAACUGUUACAGAGAUGCACUUAUUACUAGUACAGUGAACUGUUUGACCAGCUUCGUGUCUGGUUUUGUGAUUUUCACAGUACUGGGUUAUAUGGCUGAAAUGCGGGGUGUUGAGGUUGAAGAUGUGGCAAAAGACAAAGGUCCAAGUCUUCUUUUUAUCACAUAUCCAGAAGCCAUUGCAAAUAUGGUGGGAUCUACAUUUUUUGCCAUAAUAUUUUUCCUGAUGAUGAUAACCCUUGGUCUAGAUAGCACGUUUGGAGGCUUGGAAGCCAUUAUAACAGCUGUUAUGGAUGAAUACCCACAUAUAUUGUCUAAGAGGCGAGAACUGUUUGUCCUCGGAUUGGUGAUAGUUUGCUUUACUGGAUCCCUUAGCACCCUGACCUAUGGAGGUGCGUAUGUUGUUAAACUUCUGGAACAAUUUGGUGCUGGCUGUCCUAUUAUUGCAGUUGUGUUUUUAGAGGCCAUUGCUGUAUCGUGGUUUUAUGGAAUACAAAGAUUCUCUAAUGAUGUAAAGUCCAUGCUGGGUUUUGUUCCUGGAAUAUUUUGGAGGAUUUGUUGGGUAGCAAUCAGUCCUGCAUUUUUAGCAUUUAUCAUUGUCAGCUCUUUAAUGGAUCAGCCACCUCUUAUAUUAUUUGAUUAUCAAUAUCCAAAAUGGACUGUCUCUGUUGGAUUUCUUAUUGGAGCAUCAUCUUUCAUAUGGAUACCUGUCUACAUGGUGUACAAGUUGGUAUGGACCCCAGGAUCCCUUAAGGAGCGCCUGGCUGUCUGUGUCCGACCAGAGAAGACAGUGAGGGAUCAACAGCUAGAUUCCAUGUGCAUGGCAUCUGAACCAUAACUAUUGCAAGAUCCAUCACGAGCCAGACUAACGAGACGAGUAACAACGAAUCAGUCACUGGUGCAUUUUAAUGGUGUCCCCCUUUCCUAAUGUGGGGUUUAUAAAUGCAGUCACACUGAUAAACUGUUGUAGGAGUUAACAAAGUAAUUAUUAUCCAGAUAUGUAUUUUUAUU